AUGCUUCUCGAUGUAGAUGUUUUGGACGUGAACAACAAUCACCCACAAAUCAUAAGCUCCGAUGAGGUGGUCACAUUUGCUGAUCCCGGUCGAAUUAUACACUACGUAGUGGCCACAGAUGACGAUGACGGCAAGAACGCAACAAUCUCCUAUGAAAUCAUUGCUGAUACCUCGAAUUCUUUUGGGAUAGAUCAAAAAACUGCAAGAAAACUUCGCGGAGUUCAAAAUUUAGAAUCCCAGCAGUUCACUGUUUGCUUCAUAUUAUUCUCCGAUGCUUAG